AUGGAGAAGCUUUUCAAGUAUGUCGAUGAAAACCAAGACCUGUACAUAAAGAGACUUGCCGAUGCUGUGGCUGUCAAGUCCGUUUCUGCCGAGUAUGAGCGCCGCCCAGAAACCAUCAAAAUGGUCGAACUCGUCAACGAGGAUUUGAAAAAGCUUGGCGCCACGACCGAGCUCUUCCCCAACCCCGCUGGAGAACAAACCUUCCCCUGUGGCAACAAAGCUGCCUACCCUCCCAUCAUCCUCGGCCGCCUUGGAACCGAUCCUAACAAGAAAACGCUCCUUGUCUACGGGCAUCUUGACGUCCAGCCGGCGAAGCUCGAGGACGGCUGGGAUUCGGACCCGUGGACGCUGGAAGAACGCGACGGAAAGCUCUACGGUCGAGGGUCGACUGACGACAAGGGUCCCGUAAUUGCCUGGAUGAACGCCAUCGAAGCAUUCCAAAAGAACGGCGUGGAACUCCCAGUCAACUUGAAAUUCUGCUUCGAAGGGAUGGAAGAGUCCGGCAGCGAAGGACUGGACGAAACCGUCCUCGGACGAACUGACUUCUUCGGCAAGGAAGUCGACUACGUCUGCAUCUCGGACAAUUACUGGCUUGGAAAGACGAAGCCUUGUCUGACCUACGGUCUCCGGGGCAUUUGCUACUUUUUCCUGAAAGUCAAGUGCGCCGCCGCCGAUUUGCACUCGGGCGUCUUUGGCGGAGCCGUUCCAGAGGCAAUGACUCAUCUCAUCGAUCUCAUGUCCAAACUUGUCAAACGAGACGGAACUAUUCUUGUCCCUGGAAUCAACGACACGGUCGAUCCAGUCACGGAGGAAGAGCUCGCUUCUUACAAAGACAUUGACUUCGACAUGGAAGAGUAUCGAAAAGACAUUGGCUGCAACAAACUCAUCAAGGACAAGAAGGCCGAGUUGUUGAUGAACAGAUGGCGAUUCCCGACUCUUUCUCUUCAUGGAAUCGAGGGUGCCUACGCUGAUCCAGGGGCAAAAACCGUCAUUCCUCGAGAAGUAAUUGGCAAAUUCUCGCUCCGAAUCGUCCCCAGCCAGACCCCAGACGACAUCAAGGCCAAGGUCACUGACUACUUGAUGAAGUUGCAUGAAGAAAGUGGCUCCAGCUGCGAUAUCUCGCUCGACAUGGGUCACGGCGGGCUUCCAUGGGUUGCUGACAUCAAGGAUCCAAACUUUGUUGCUGGACGAGAGGCGAUCAGAGAAGUGUUCAAUGUUGAUCCCGAUUUCACCCGAGAAGGUGGCUCUAUUCCGAUCACCUUGACCUUCCAAGAAGCCACCAAGAAAAACGUCAUGCUGCUUCCAAUGGGAAUGGCCGAUGACGGCGCCCACUCCCAAAACGAAAAGUUCAACCGACUCAAUUACAUCAACGGCAUCAAGGUGCUCUGUUCCUACAUGAACAACUUGGCCAAACUUGAUGCAUAA